AGGUAAUUAGGCAUGGUUCUCAUCUGGUAUCAUAACAACAUCCUGCAACUUCAAGAUUUCCACACUAAAAUGCUAGGAUGCCAGCAGUUUUAAAAGUUUCGAAUUGAUGACAGCCUUAUGUAGAAUUGCUCUGCAGCAAAUGAUGUUAGCCAGCCCUCGAUUGAAGGCAUAUAGGGGAUUACACAACACGGGCAGCCAUAAACACGUCAUCAUUUGCAAUGAGGCAAAUAGGCACGAUUCUCAUACUUGCAAUGGCUGUUGAUGAUAAUGCUUCCGAUGGUAGGCAUUGAAAUGGCCACGUAAAUAAGUUAACGCCCGAAACAGCAACCAAUGGAAUUCUCUCCCCCCCAAACGCCCAUUUAAAGAGGAGGCGAUCGUUGUUGUUUUGCGAUAAUUGCAGCAACGAAGUUAGGCAAACCCAAACUUAAGUUGACCCCAUAGACACCGCAAACUACACAACAUGGACCACAACCACAGCAAUCUGCAGUUAUUCGCCCAACAUCAGCGACAGCAUACGCUACCACCGCAGCCCCAGACACUGUCAUCCUCUUUGGCCGUUGACUGUGCCGAAUGGCUGAACUAUUCAGACUGUAACAAUCUCACAUUAAGCAUGGGCAAAAAUCGUUUCGGCACUGCGGCAAACGAGAGCUACAACACCACCCUGCCACCUGAUAAUCUCCUCGAGAUUGGCCUGGAAGCCGAAUGGCCUCUUGAAAGAGUUGUGUCCACUAUAGUGCCUGUGUUCUUUGGUAUUAUUGGAUUUGCCGGCCUGCUAGGCAAUGCCCUGGUCAUUAUAGUUGUUGUGGCCAAUCAACAAAUGAGAUCUACCACGAAUCUGCUUAUCAUCAAUUUGGCCGUAUCUGAUAUACUCUUCGUUAUAUUCUGUGUACCGUUUACGGCCACGGACUAUGUAUUGCCAGAGUGGCCCUUUGGGAAUCUGUGGUGCAAAUUCGUGCAGUACAUGAUUGUGGUGACGUGUCACUGCAGUGUGUACACGCUGGUGCUAAUGUCAUUCGAUCGAUUUUUGGCUGUGGUACAUCCGGUGACGAGUAUGUCACUGCGUACGGAAAGAAAUGCAACAUUAGCAAUCAUAUUGGCUUGGAUUCUUAUACUGACGACGGCGAUACCAGUCGCCUUGGCACAUUCGGUGAGAAUCUACAAUUACAAUGGCCACAACUACACAGCGUGUGUCUUCUCUUCCGACAAAGAAGUCUGGAGUUUAUUAGGAUUUCAGCUCUCAUUCUUCCUGUCAUCGUACGUGGCCCCAUUGACAUUAAUAUGUUUCCUGUACAUGGGCAUGUUGGCACGUCUCUGGAAAAGUGCGCCUGGCUGCAAACCAUCUGCCGAGUCACGCAAAGGAAAACGACGUGUCACACGCAUGGUUGUUGUUGUCGUCCUGGCCUUUGCCAUAUGUUGGCUACCCAUACAUGUCAUUCUGGUGCUCAAGGCCCUAAACCUUUAUGGCACAUCAAAUGUGACCGUAAUCAUACAGAUUAUUGCACAUGUUCUGGCCUAUACAAAUUCCUGCAUAAAUCCCAUACUCUAUGCCUUUUUGUCGGAUAACUUCCGCAAGGCCUUUAGAAAGAUUGUGUGGUGCUGCAGUCCACCACCCAUCAUAACAAAUCAGCAGAUUACGAAAACGACGCGCACCGCCACCGGAAAUGGCACGUCCAAUAUCGAUAUGCUGUAGAUGGAGGACACCAGCAAUUGUCUGUUAGUUGUAGCAGUAGUUGUAGUAGCAGUAGUUGUGCUUGUGGUAGAACAAGUGCCACCACCACAUCACCAAAACUACCAACAUCACCACAAUUACUACCACUACCACACGUUUUAAUAGCUGUGGCUAUGGUAGUUGUAACAGUAAAACCGGAACAAGUUACUUAGAUCCUCUAUUGCAAAUAUAACAUCCAUUGUCCAUGGAAAAUUGUCAUUUAUUGCCGUUCCGAUAAAAUCUUCUGCAUACCAGUGCAUAAAGAAGAUAGAAGCAGCUCGUAAUUGGACCUCCAACUGCAAAAGACCCCAUACAGUUUACUCGAAUGCAUGCACACAGUGAUUUAUGACAAACAUUGAAAUCCAUGGCACCAAGUAAAAACAAUAGAAAUUCACUUCUAAUUGGCAAAACAAUUGAGAGAAAAUUAAAUUUUAUAUUGAAUUUUAAAUUCACAAUUGAAACUAAACCCAAAAGAAUACAACAAACAUUCAUAAAUCUUAGAGAAACUACAAGUGUUAUUUUUGUGUUUUUUAUUUCUCUCUCCUUGUUUUAUUUUUGUCACAAGGAUUUUCUAGAACAGUUCAAUGUAACUCAAUCGUAAUAAUAAAAUUAAAAUCCAGAGAAAGAACAACAUUUACACUAAAAAGAAUUGUAAUUAAUUGUAUAUUGUAAUAGCAAAAUCUAAGAAAAAUUACAACCAAUUCAUCAGGGAUAAGAGAAUUACAAAUUCCAUUAUCCUUGCUCCUUGGGAUUGAAGAAAUUUUACACACAACACCACUAAGACAAAACAACGCAACAAAUAUGAAAUAUGAAAAUACUAUGACUACAAAUUAAGGCAAACAUAUUUACAUGAAACCUUCAUACUUGUAUUUUUAAGACACUAAAACCCUCCUCCUCCUCCUCCUCCUAGUUCUCCCCCCACCCCCAAACAAACUAAAAACACACACACAAAACAAAGUAGUUAAAUUUUUGAUACAAUUGUAUAUAGAAAAUUAAAUUAAAAAUCAUUUAAGACAUGUUGACAAGUUGAAA